ACCCGAAAAAGAGCACCAGUGGCAAUCACCACAUGGGCUUUCUUACAACCAGCCCAGUGCAGUCGGCCCAGAUGGCAAAAUUGUUCCCUUGUCACCAUGGUUGGCCCCAGUUGUACAGGAAGGAACUUUUGAUCCCAUAUUGAUUGAUUCAAUCUACAAACAACAAAACAUCACCAUAGCAACUACAGUCUUCGCUCUUGGAAAGUAUACACAGUUUCUUAAAGAUUUCCUGGAGUCUGCAGAGCAGAAUUACUUUGUUGGAUUUCGUGUGCAUUAUUAUGUGUUCACUGAUCAACCAGAACAGGUUCCUGCAGUGAAACUGAGUGAAGAACAUCAUCUGACAGUGUUGACAGUCCCUAGUUCUAACAGAUGGCAGGAGAUCAGUUUGAGCAGGAUGGCAAGACUGGAGAAACUGAUUGUGAGUCGACUUUUCAAUGAAGCCGACUAUAUUUUCAGCCUUGAUGUGGAUUCAAAGUUUUAUGGUCGCUGGGGGGUGGAGACUUUGAGUCCUCUGGUAGGUGUCAUACAUGCAUGGUUUUAUGGUAAGCCUCGUGAACAAUUCACAUAUGAACGCCGACCAGAGUCUCAAGCUUUCAUUCCUUUUGCUGAGGGUGAUUAUUAUUAUGGCGGGGCUGUGAUCGGUGGCUUAGUGAAAAACGUAUAUCAGCUUGUUAAAACCUGCCGGGAGCAGCUGGACAUUGAUGCAUCUAAAUCCAUUGAGGCAGUAUGGCAGGAGGAGUCUCAUUUGAACAAGUACUUCCUUUAUAACAAACCCAGUAAACUGCUUUCACCCGAGUAUCUAUGGGAUGACACAAAAUCUAAACCAGAGGAGAUCAAAAUCAUUCGCUUCUCUCAAGUUAUCAAAAACUAUAAUGAAAUUCGUCCAAACCCUUAGCAGCUGUUAACUGAAACAUGCAAAAAAUAAAACAUGCCAAAUAUUUUUCCAUCAGUUGCACAACAUUUGUGCUGCCUGAUGGAUGAUAUAUAUAUUAUCAGACUUAUAUUUUUGCUUCACUAAAGUGCAAAGAGCAGCUUCCCAUGCAGCUAACAAAAAUAUGUUCUUAGAAUGUUUUGCUAACAUUCCAAUUAGGUUAUGUAGGUUAAGAACGUUUUUUUCUU